CAACCAAAAGUAGCCAAAACUCACGCACAUCGUCUAAGGUGCAAAAUUUGAUGAAACAACUGGAUUUGAAUACAAAACAGCAGCAGCUUGCCCAGCAAAUUGCGACACAGGAGCAGCAGCGCCAACAGCUGGCACUUCAACAAAAACAUCUGGACCUGGAACAAGAGCUGCUUGAGAUGCAGCUACAAGAAGAAGAAAAAGAAGAUGACAUCGACCACGGCGACGACAAUGAUGGCAAAUACGCUGAGAUCCGUACAAGCAAUCUGGGAUAGUGGCAUCAACUGGGACGACCCUAUCAGAGAUGAACAUUUUGAUUUGUGGAAAGAGCUAAGUAAUUCGUUUGAUAAAAUUAGUAACUUCAGUGUACCAAGACUUAUGACAAAACUUCCAAUAAAUGACUGUGAAGUACAAUUGCAUAUAUUUUGCGAUGCUUCCAAAUAUGCUUAUGCAUCAUGCGCAUACGUACGAUUCCAAAUUGACGACAAAAUUGAAUGUAGUUUAAUAGCUGCAAAAUCACGUGUAGCACCACUCAAACCAAUGUCAAUUCCGCGGUUGGAAUUACAAGGAGCUUUAUUGGGAGCAAGAAUGAGUAAAAUGAUUAAAGAAACUUUGAAUUUAAAAAUAGGCAGAACG